GCCAGGCAGUGCGGAGCGAGAUCACCUUGCUCAGAUUAUGUCGGUUAAGUGACGGACGGCCGUCGCGAUAUGGAAGGGCUGCGAUAACUUGACUGACUCGCAUUGAUAGACGACGCCAUUUUAUUUCAUAUGGAUUUAAAAGUAUACACGCUAAUGUUGUGAAGUUUGGAUUGGAGAGGUUCACCUGUGUGACAGUCUGUGACAGGAGUAAGUGACCGUUAUUGAAAGUGUGACACACUUAAAACGUCGGAAUGUAGAUGGUGACAGUGAUUUUGUUCUGGUGAUCUCAACAUAGACUUGUUAACGCACUAACAACCCCUCGGAUAUUCUGUCGUACCCGUGAAGUCGUGAGUCAAGCAUGGAGACGUACCUGCAACGAACGUACGGACACAAGAAACAGGCAACGGACCAACGGAACUUUCCUUUCUGGGACUACAGGUCACGGAGGGGGAGUUUCUCCACGUCGACGUCAUCCAGUGACGGUAGCAGCGUGUCCUCAAUGAGCUCAAGCAGGUCAGACGCUGAGAGUGAAAGUGUCAGCCUAUCUGGUUCCGAUUCGGACUCUCUGCUCCAGAACGACCCCACCAAGCUGACGGUCCAGUUCUAUGCGGACACCCAUGAGGUCAUUCCCCUGCUUGACCUCUACCAGCCGGUCCUAGGAUGGAUAGACUCGGACCUUCAGCUCUUCAAAAUCAGAGAAAGAAGUUCCAAUACUGAUCGUGAGGAAACACUUUCGGAGCAUGUGUCCAGCCUCGCUAUCAUUGUGUUCCUGCACGAAGAAGGUAUGCUUGGCUGCGAACGGAUACAAUCAGCCAGACGACAUUUUGAAAAACCGCCAUGGAAAUUUCAUCAUUCCGAGCAACUCGUGAAGGGAAAGAUAAACCCGUAUCCCUACAAUUCACAAGAAUUUUACUACACUUCGUCCGAUCUGCCAUUGUGGGCGGUGAGGCAAGUGCAUUAUGGGAAAGAGCACAUCCGGUUGGUUGUGUACGCGAGUGAUGAAAACUGGGAUGAUAUGCUUGAUUUCUAUAAACUCAUUCUCGGAGCUGACCCUGAGCUGUCAAGAUCAGACUUCUGUCUCUUCACGAUCCAUGCCCAGAUACACUACAAUGUUCAGUUCGCCCUGAAGCGUCUACCGGCCACCACGUCUCCAAAGAUCCUUCAGUCCGUCACCCUGCAGUUCAAAGUGGCGGAAGUCGGACAUAUCGUUCCCCUCUUUCCCAACAUCUGUCGGCCCUUGUGUGACAACCGUUGGGAGACGACGGACCACGAUGGCAACUCCAUCGUGCUGGAGGUGACAGGUUCAUCACCCAAUACGUCAUUGGACAAGUCCUUCUCAAGGUUGACCCCCCUGGACUCUUCUUUAGACAGGUCACAUGGUCAGAUGAGCCUCAGUUCCUCAUCCAGGAGCAGUGUCUGCAGCAACAAAGAGAUGCAACAGGAAAGGACACUCAGCUGUUCCUCUUUCAAAGAACAGGUCCAGGGGAACAGUUUCAAAGAAGCGGAACUGAGGAAUUGUUCUUCGUUCAAGGAACGGGAUCCACGGAACUCGUUCAAGGACGGGGAACAGAUAAGCUCCUUCAAAGAAAGGGAACCGAGGAAUUGUUCUUCAUUCAAGGAACGGGAUCCACGGAACUCGUUCAAGGACGGGGAACCAAGGAACUGUUCUUUCAAGGAACGAGAUCAACGGGCCUGUUCCUCCUUCAAGGAGCAGGAACAUAGACACAAUGAUUUGAAUAACUCAAAGCAAAGCAAGACACGUAGGUGUCCAUCUCUUGCUGAAAAUAAAAACUCUCAAAGCGACAAACAACACCCUGUGAUCCAGAAGGACCAUCCACAUUCCCGUGGUGUGUAUACAGACAAUUCCCAACCAUACAACUCACCUGCUUAUUAUAUAGACGCCCAGGCAGGUCACCUACAGACUGAGUCACAGGGUUUCUACGUAUGACCGCUGGAUGGUCUUAUCAACCAACCCCUCUUGACAAUUCUCUCGAAUUAUGUUGAAGAGUACCAGAGAGAUUCUGGCCACAACCCUUCGAGUGGCUAAAACAGAACCAGGAAGGCUGAUUGAAGUCUUUUUAUAACGUUGGACACGUCAAUAACAAAUCUCCAGGAAGAACAAAAACGGUCUGAAUUAUAUAGGGUCGUUUUGGGACUUGGGAGAUUUCAAAAGCUAAAUGUCCAGAAAAGAUACAACUGCUACAGAAGAGAACCUUGAUCUUCUUAUCACAGAAGAGUGUGUUUGUUGUAAUGACACCCUUGGACGCUCACAUAUUUGACAUUGUGGUAACUGUUAUAGAGACGCACAUUCCAUGCCUUAUACAAACUACAGAACAUGGACGAUGGGGAAAAUCGAGGAAAAGGACAUGUAUUUCUGUGACACGUUGGAGGCAUCGUGUGAAAACGAGUAAUAAAAGACGACAAUGAUCCUAAACACGUCUAUCUUGCCAGACAAUGAAACGACAUUUGGUCGCUUGAAACAUGGACACGAAACUGGAGCGUUCAAACAGGGGAACAGGACCUAGACAAUAAAGUGCUUCAUCAUUCACAGCGGAGGCAUCCUGCGUCUUGGUCGCACCCUCGAUGUGACCUUUUGCUUCCGGGUCACAUUCUCGAUAUGGACAUUCUCCAUCCGGGUCACAGAUUCGUGGAGUCUGUUAUGCGCACAACCAGGAAGGGAUAUAACUUGGGGUUAGAUACCGUUACCUCAUCCCAUGUUGAUAUGUAAAUAAACAACUGCGUUUUUCAUAUGUAACGUUGUGUAUAGCCAUCAUCGUCACACAUAUAUUUAUAUUACACGUUCCUGUGACGAAACCAAUAUUCAGUCUGUGUUCUUACUUGUAGAUCCUAUUUGGGGAAACUCUUUCGUCACAUAGUGACCUACGAUCUGUGCAUUUGCGAUGAUCUGAAACGCAGUGUCAUAUUUGGUAUUGAUACUUUCACGAAAUAAUAUUUCGGAUUAAGUCUAAUUUAUACACAUUUGUUAAUGUCACUGAAACCCAGACUACUAUGAGUUCAUAUAAAUUAUGCCUACAGAUGUAUUUGUUUCUCAGUUUACAAAUCAUAAAACUAUUAUGAAUGCAUUUUAAAACACUGUUCUUUACGGUUAGACACGCAUGCGUACUUCAGCAUGAAGACAGUAAGUGUUAUUUAUGUCGAUUGUGACAGAGGAAUCUACGUUAUAUUGAUGCUUUUUUGUUUUUGUAUUGUUAUAAAUUGUGUAUUUAACGUCAUAUUUGUGUGAAAUACUCUAAGAUAUUCAACAGAGGGUGUGUAGAGACUGACCUAGAUUGAAACAGUGACAUUAAUGCGUCAUUUUAUAUUCAUCAGUGGGAAAUUAAAUUAGGUAGACCGGACACUGUGCAGAGGCUUGUCCCUUUGCUACUAGGUUCAGUAACUUCCGGGUUCUUGCGUGGAUCGAUGCUCAUGAUGUCAAUCACUGGAUUGUCUGGUCCAGACUCGAUUAUUUACAGACCGCCGUCAUAUAGCUGGAAUAUUGCUGAGUGCGGCGUUAAAAGACAAACAAACAAACAACUUCCGGGUUCGAUCCAAUUCGGAUCUUGGUCCCAAGUAUAGGCGUUACAGCCGUAACAGAAUAUACACAAUGUAUUUUAUUAGGGACGUAAACAAGACUUGAACUUUGUGUCUGUCUAUGGUGUACACUGAAACCUGUUUAUCCAGAAGGCGUCAUUCCCAGUAAACACAAAUGUCCGGAUUAUGGAGUCAAUAAGACAUACACGUUAACAGUGAUAGUCCGGAUUAACCGGGUUUCCAGAUUACCGGGGUUUCAUUGUGAAGUUGUCACUGUAGCGAUGUACCAUUCACGUCAGUACUUACUAAACCAACUAUAUCACAAAUACAACCAUUUCCUAUAGGUUUGUUCACGGGAAUAGGAACUUCCGAUUUACGUAAUGAAAUUUUACGGGGUAUUCUCCCAGUGACCACUCCCUGUUAAAAAAAGAGAAUGGCAAAGAAUGAAAUCAGACAAGAGUGAGCACCCCGAUCGUAUAUAUAUAUAUUCAAUUUGUCAUAUUUCAGUGAAAAUACCAAUGCAGUCGGGAAUAACCCAUGAUACGCACAACAGGUUUGUGACGUCAUGAAUACCUGAACGAUAAAUGUCGUACUGUAGGAUAUAUGGGAGGUUCAAGGUGGGGUUAUAGUAGCGAUUUCGAAAGGGAAAGCAUAUUGAAUCAGUAUCACAAUACAAUUCCUGAUUGCAUUGAUGUGAUCUACGAUUGCAUUUUAUUCCUGUUAUUUUUGUAUAAACUGAUGGUGACUAAAUUGAAACAAGUAAAAAACGGUUGUUCGAUGGUAAUGUAUUUGAUACGGGUGGCAUAGUUGUGUUUUGGAAGUUUGCAGUAUUUCGGCGACUGUUAUCAGCCUAGCAUUGUUUUGAUAACUUUUGUAAUAGUUUGGUCAAAUCCAAUUUUCAAGCGUAUACUUAAUUUCGCCAGGCAGUUUAUAUAAAGUAGAUGGUUGGUUGAUCCCAAAUAUACAAAGUUUAAACAUUUAUUUCUGAAGUUCAGAUUCCCGUGGUUAUUGUUAAGUUCCAGAUACAGUAUUCGUGACAACUGUCUCAGACAGGCUUAGAGGUAGACCCUAGAUGACCACAUAUUCAGUUGGAUAUCAGAAUGUACAUGGCUUUUAUUCAGUAAAACUCAUGCAACAAGCUCUAAGUAUGAGAUGUUUCUAGGUACGUAGCAUGUUGGAUUAUUUGAAUUAUUGUAUUGAUGUGUUCAACCUUACGCCAGAAAUCAAACUCUUAGUCAGGUGUCCAGGACUAUUUAACCUAACCCCUAGUCCCAUUUUCAUGUUAUUCCAACUACCAAACGCCCAAAGUCAAAUCAAUUCAUAGAAAAUCUACACGUGUAAGAAAAUCGGCAUCCCUUAGCUUUUUAUCUUUAACUUAUAUUUCUUUUUAAAUUUUACACACAACGACUUAGUUCUGAAUCUUUCCUGUAAGAUAAAAAUUAGAAAGGGAUAAUGCAUUAUAUUUUUCUUCUUUGCGUCAUUCCAAUAAAUUUGGAUACAUAAUCUCGGAUGAACGUUAUACUGUAUUUCAAGCGUGUAGGGUUAAUAUUAUAUCAGGUUAUAUGAAUAUUCCCUUUUUUGGCAGAAGUAUAAAUGUCGCCCUUCUUUGUAGCGCAUUCUCGUUUCUUUACAUCAAAAAAUAAGUGUUGAGUUUAGAAAUGCAAUUAUCCCCUGAGGUGGCGUCAAAGGAACUUUCACUAUAUUGACGUAUAACGUCGGAGUUGAAUUAGGUGAAGGUCACCUCUCGGUCCACUGACCGUAAGCUCGGACAACCAUUGAAACGUGAUGCUAAAUACGGUAUUUGUUAGCAUAUACCCCAGCGGACAAACGAAACGGUGAUCAUUUUUUAUCAUAUCAUAAGGUUUGGGGUGAAAAACGCAAAACUUGAUUUUAUGUUUUUUUAAAGGUAUUAUCUGCACUAAAGGUAAAUUGGGUUGAAGAUGGGCUCGUCUUUUUAUUUCUUUUUGUUUAAUAUUCGAGUUUUCAAAUUAUCGCCACGUUUACACUUUUCUUUGUUGUUUAAAAACUCUCUUUUUUUAAAUUACUGCUUAUUUUCAAUGUCAACCUUAGAUGUACAACAGUUCAAGAAAACAUGAACUUGACUUCCUUUUUGCCCAAAUACACACAUAAACAUAGGGUGAGUAUCACAACAAAUGUUUAUUUGUUUACUCAUUUGUCAGAUACACCAAUCUCUGAAGCUAUUAUAUUUCUAUCAUCAACGUUAUUAUUUUGACAUUCAUAACUGUAUUUGAUCACAGUGACUUUGUUCGCUGGAAUACACUGCUAUCUGAGCAUAAGCUCAAAAUGAAGUUGUUGACAAUAUUGUUGUAUUUUACACACAAAAAACUGUUCCUCACGACAAAUGCCUUCUAGAAUUAACAUGUUACAUACAAUGACGCGGAUGACGGGGGUACCCAACAAAAGAAUGUUGACAACGCGUCAGUGUAAACCUCGACUUGAAACAUUUUGUGUCUGUCAGCUUAACAUGUACAUUCGAACUGGAAGCGUCAACACUAUUGACGUGUUUCCCAUGUGUCUGUGAGUCACUGUGGCCCUGUCUUUGUCUGCCGUUCCCUGUGUUGUGGUCAGUAAUAAAUUCAUUUGCAUACA